CCCACGAACAUGAGGACCGCGACACUGUGCACCGCGGCGGCGGGAGCGCUGCUGCUGCUGCUGCUGGCGCUGGCGGAGGCUGCCGGCCCGCAGGAAGCGCUCUACGCCAAGUACGAGAACCUGGACGUGGACCGCAUGCUGCGCAACCAGCGCCUCGUCGCCGCCACCAUCAAGUGCCUCAUGGACGAGGCGCCCUGCACUCCGGAGGCCCGCGACCUCAAGAAGGUGCUGCCAGACGCGCUCAAGUCGGAUUGCUCCAAGUGCUCGGCCAAGCAGAAGGAGAACGUGCGAAAGGUGUUCGAGUUCAUGAUGAAGGAGCGCAGCGCUGAUUGGCAGCGCCUCUCCCGCAAAUACGACCCGGACGGCGAGCACAAGAAGCGGCUGGAGGCGAAGCUGAAGGAAGCUCAGCAGCAGCAGAAGUCAGCGGAGGCGGCGACGGCGGCUGCGUAGGCACCAGCGCACCAUCCCAGUUUCAGUCACGUGAUUCCCUACUUGUUAACAGAGGCCCGUCUUGCCCAAACUAUUAAGGGAUUCCACUCAGCUGGGGAGGUACCCAAAGUGAUGCCAGUCUCUGUCCGUACACUGAUAAACGUUCACAGUAGCAGUAUUACAUGCAAACAUCCUACCAACUGACCAGUCUGUAGUGAAGAAGACUCAGUCAUCUGAUGAUUCUAUUAAUAGUGUUAUUUUCUGUCACUUUAGAUGCAAUACCCGGUGGUGUUGCAUUCGAGUAACAAUGUCGCACGGUAGUUGCAAACCUUAAACACAAACUAAUUCCCUGUAUUUCUGUGCAUUCACCUAUAGCAGCUUAGCCAAGAAUAGUUUUAGGAAGGAAGUGUCAAUAGAAAAAUGCAACUGGUACGAGAAUCAAUGGUUUAGCUUUGUUUGUUAUUGAUAACUGAGCAAGAUAGUAAUCUCGCCACUGUAGUUAAAGCCAAUGAACUAGGAAUCAAACUUUGGUAGUAAAUCAGUUUCAGAGAGUUGGAAUACCACCAGCCCUCUUGCUCAAAAUGACACCAACCGUAAUGGACAACUUUCAAACGAAAAGUAUCAGCAGCUAUUUGCAUUGGAAACACCUUAAAACACAUUUUUCAUGCUUAUUACUCUGUCAUACCAUCGAAAAGGGAAUUCCUCUUUCUUUGUCUGAACUUAAAUUAACCUACAUCUGUUAUUCAAAUUUUUGUUGCUUUCUGUUUAUACUCUUCCCUCAACUCUAUUUUGCAUUAAAUUUACUUCUCCCUGCACUGUCAACGAGACAUUUGUUAAGCAAGACAGCGGUAUGUAUGUGUCCUACUAUUACCCACUGGGGUGCAAAGACUGAUCCUAAAAAUAUCUGUAGUCCUAAAUGUUCUAAUAAA